AUGUCGACCAAUGGGCGCGUGCGGUUAACCUGGUAACAGGAAGUGAUUCACUCACGCUGUGCUUCUAGUGUAGACUGGAAGACGUUUAUACCUGCCGUUGGAAAUGUCUCCAGAUGAGCUGGUGUACCUGGGAAUCCUCGCCGCAUCCAUACCUGUGGGGGUCCUGUUCCGCUACCUCAGUCCUCAAGUGAAGAAGGGGGCAGCGUUGAGUUUGGGUCUCCUCAUGACCAUCGGCACUUGCGGGAUACACACUUUACACUCGCUGUGCACCGUUCUGGGAACGUGGCUGAUCAUCCGAGUCAACUGGAGGAAAGCUCCGCCCCUUUCUCUCGGAUGGACGUUCCUUUAUCUUUUCUUCUUCCGUAUGGUCAUGUGGUUCGGACUUCCGGCUCCGCCGCCGUUCGCAAACGCCAUCCAGCUUCUCCUCACCCUGAAGUUGGUCAGUUUGGCGUACGAGGUUCAGAGCUAUCACUUUGAGAAGAAAAAGGAAGUGAGCUCGUUCUCCAAGUCGCCCGUGAUUGGCCGGCUCUCUCACGAGCCCUCCCUCUAUGACAUCCUCUCAUACAGCUACUGCUACGUUGGGAUCAUGACGGGGCCGUUCUUCCGUUAUCAGACGUAUGUGGACUGGCUCGAACAGACCGAUCCUCUCGUGCUGCCGUGUAAAGUGCCGUGCCUGAGCAAGUUAAAGCUGGUUCCUGUUUAUGCUGCUCUCUUCAUGGGUGUUAACAUCCUGUUCCCGUUGUCCUACGUUCGCACCGACGACUUCCUGGAGCACAACUUCUUCUUCAGGUUUUUCUACAUGGUGGCAGUGUUCUUCGUGUUCCGCAUGAGGUUCUACUCGGCAUGGUGCGGAGCCGAGGCCGGCUGCAUCACCGCAGGACUCGGGUGCUACCCAAAGGGGGCGGAGUCUAAACCAGGAGGCGGACCUACAGUGCAAUACAGCCCCGAGCCCGGUGCUCUGGUCGAGUAUGACUUCAGAACCAUCCAGAACAUCGACUGCUACAAUACAGACUUCUGUGUGAAAGUGCGACACGGUAUGCGCUACUGGAACAUGACGGUGCAGUGGUGGCUUCAUCAGUACAUCUACAGCAGCGCACCGUUCAGAGCCUACGCCCUGAGAGCGGGAUGGACGAUGUUGGUGAGCGCGUACUGGCACGGUCUGCACGCAGGUUAUUACCUGUCCUUCCUCACCAUCCCGGUGUGUAUUGCUGCAGAGUUGUCGAUGGAGUCAUGUGUGCGUGCGCGUCUCGGCGCUGAGGGACAGAAGGUGUUCGACUGGGUGCACUGGUUCCUGAAGAUGCGCGCGUACGACUACAUGUGCAUGGGCUUCGUCCUGCUGAAUGCCAGCGACACGCUGCAUUACUGGAGCUCUAUUUACUUCCUGAUCCACGUCGUGGCCUUCGUCUGUAUCGCCGCCGGACGACUGAUGGGGGGUGGGAAGAAGGAGAGGACGAGGGAGGAGCGUGAGAAGUGACGUUCUGUGGUCUGCAGUGCAUUAUGGGAUUUCGGGCGUGCGCUGGGUAUUUGGGGUUAUUAUUAGUCACCUGCCAUAUAAGAACCACAAAUCCCAGCAAUCCCAGCAAUCACUGCCUCUGUGCCCCUGUUUUAGCCUGCUGUUUUAGCUCUCUUUUUACCACACCCUCUACAGCUUCCUUUAAAAUGCGUGUCAGGAGCGCACACUCGCAGCCCGAAUGCAGGAGGAGGAAGUGUGUAAGGAUUUUCAGUCUGAGGGAACUGGUUACCCUUAGCACCGAGCACACCAUCACUGAUUUCCUCCAAACUGCGUUCAGUCACAUCAACUCACUAAUGACACGGUAAAGUAAUGAAAGAAAAGAAUGGCUUAGGGAAAGAGAGAAAGACGGGAAGAUGAUCAAGAAAGAAAUAUAGGAAAGGAAAGAAGGAAAUUCUGGAGAGAAGGAAAAUGAAAUGAUGGAGGGAGGGAAAGAAAUUAAGGAAAUGAGGGAGGGAAAGAAAGAAUGAAAUGAUGGAGGGGAAAAAAGGAAAGAAUGAAGUUAUGGAGAGAAGGAAAAACAAUGAAGUGAUUGAGGGAAAGAAAGAAUUGAUGGAUGGAAGGAAGAAAAUGAUGGAGGGAAAGAAAGAAGGAAAUGAUUGAGAGAAGGAAGGAAAGAGUGGCAUUAUGGAGGUAAGGAAAGAAUGAAAUGAUGAAGAGAAAGAGGGGAAUGAUUGAGGGAAAGAAGGAAAUGAUGGAGAGAAGGAGGGGAAAAGGGAAAGAUUGAAGUUAUGGAGAGAAGGAAAGAAUGAAGUGAUGGAGGGAAAGAAGGAAUUGGUGGAGAGAAGGAAGGAAAUGAUGGAGGGAGGGAGAGAAGGAAAUGAUGGAGGGGGAAAAUGAAUGAAGUGAUGAAGGGAGGGAAGGAAAGAAGGAAAUGAUGGAGAGAAGGAAGGAAAGAAUGAAAUGAUGAGAAGGAAGGAUGGAGAGAAGGAAAAGAAACGGAUGACAUAGAGGAAUAUCAAAAUCAAGAAGAGGGAAUGAUGGAGGGAUGAAAAACAAAUAAAUGAUGGAAGAAAGAAAAAGACUAACAAAAAAAGAUAGUUUAGGGAUUUAAGGAAAAUGGAAAAACAAAGAUGCAAAUAUAGAAGAAUAAAAGCAAGCUGGAUAGAGGGAUGAAAGGGGGAAGAUACAUGUUUAAAAAAGGAUAGAACCCCACUUCACUUGGGCUGAUGAAGUUUUGGGGGUGUGUUAAAGACACACACAGAUUGUGAUGUUUCUGUGCCGUGAAUGUGCUAAAAAAUGAAACGGUUGAUGGACAGAUGGAGGGAGGGAACAAAAAAGGACUUAAAAAUGAAUAUAAAAGUUUCAUGUGCCAGUAACCAGUGCAUAAUGACUUCAUCUCCCAGCAUGCACUGCACAUAAAUACCGUCUGUAGGACAGAGAUUAGCGUUACAAAAAAGGAAGGUGUUUGAGAACUCCAUAUCCCACAAUGCACUGCUUCUGUGAAGUCGAAGAAAAGAGGUUUAAAAAAUUUCUCAGUCGCCAAUGUGUGAGAACACCGUUUCGCAGAAUGCACUGCUUCGAUGCUAGUUCUCAUGUUAAGGUUUACAUUAGAAAAGGAUGGAGCGUUAUGUUAGAGAGUAUGACGUGCCAAACCGAGACAUAAGCAACGUUACGUUAGAACUACAUCUCCCAGCAUGCACUGCUUCAGUACUAACUGCCAUACACCCAGUAUUAUUCACAACAUUCACCAACAGAGGUGAUCUGAAGGGUGGUAGAAAGUCAUAGUUGGUGUGUAAAGACUACAUUUCCCAUCAUGCACUGCUUCUGCCUCAACCAGCCGACGCUCCACUGCCAUGUGAAUGUGACUGGAGGUUCUCGGGGGUACGUGAUAGACGACGUGUAGCGCAAUGGUACAAGAACCUGAGCGUUAAAGUGAGACAAGGUGUGCGUUAAUUCCAGAAAUGUUACAGAGGUUCAUGGGACUUGAAGUCCAUCUUAAUUAUGUAGUUUUUAUUUGGUGGAUUUUUUGUUGUUUUUGGGUACCAACAUUCUGUUUAUUUCUGUUUGUCACUUUCCUUCACUAGAACAUUCUCUACGGCGUCCAUUUCCUGUCGCGAGUAAUACUGCGUGAACACAGCGACAAAAUUGCAAAUUUUAUGAACGGAAAUUUCCGAGAAUUUAGUUUGUAAAUCUGUGUUUUGCUUUUCACAUGGCUUCGCUAGAAACACAUUCGUUACGAGCAAGAUUGUAGCUGCACCGUAGAUCCUUACGGAUUUCUGCAGUCAUUCCGCACACGAACACCGCAUUGUGGACGUGCAGUUACUUCUCACAGGAAAAAGCCUCGUACUUCUCACUCACUCCAUCACACUGAACGUGAAUGUAUAUUUUUUGUAUAUUUUUAAGUGUUUUACAUGAGAAAAGUGUUUCCCUGUUCUGCCAUGAGACUAAAUAGUCAUGUGUUGAUAUUAAAAUUCCAAGUUGAAAUGAA